UCUGAUACACCUUGUUUUCCACAUUUAAACCGACAACAACUACAUCAAUAUCCACUUAGUCGACUAUUUCGAUUACAAGUUUCUUCCGAUGCAGUUAAAAUUUGGCUUUAA